AUGGACAGACCAAUCCAGCCAUUGGUCCUCAGAAGACCCAGGCGAGGUGCAGUUUAUGCAACUUCAGGCUCAGAAGCAGCAGCAGCAGCAGGAUCGACAGCACCAGCAACACCAGCAAUACCACCAACACAAACUGCACUACUUAAACCAAGAACUUUCUCAUCGGUUGAUAAACCAGCGCAGCCCUCUCAAGGCACCUUUGACUCCCCAGAUCUUCACGGUGCUCCAUAUAUACCACCUUCUGAGGAUGCAGCCGGUGUUCCUGACGCCGACUACCACCCUUUCUCUGUCCACGACCCUCUCUAUUAUCACCCUCAUUAUCGCAAAGUCGUGACCUGGAGCCAGCCGACUGCAACCAUUAUACUCCCUCAUGAGCCUCUCCCCCUCCCAGACUUCACCCAAGAGCCCCGCACCCCAACCCCUGCUGAUGCUGACUUGAUGCCUCCUCCGCCUCGUCCCGGACAUUGCCAUCCGCAGCCCACUUCCAUCCUCAAGCCCCCAACUAGAAUGGACAACGUGGCCUUGCAGAAUAACCUCUGGUCUAUGAUCAAACGCGCCGAUUGGGAGCUCAGCGCGUGCCAUGACAUCCUCGAGUCCACAAGUCAACAGUGCCUGCAGGAUCUCAUUGAAAUCGACCAAAGCUUGAUAUACAUCGAAUCGGUAAUGCAGGAAAAUGAACGGCAGUCGGACAUGGCACGAAGAUAUGGGAGGCGCCACAAGCGCUCCUCUCAUUGUCAGUCUCAUGGGGACGUCCAUGUCUAUGCCGAUCCUUAUGGCCGCAGUCGUGGUCCUCGUGGGAGUCAAACUUGGAGUAGAAAUGAACCUGCAAGUGCAAGUUAUCGUGACAGUGGUACUCGUGAUUACCAGGGCAGCCACAGCAGCUUGAACAGUUCUGUUGUGAGUGGGCGAGUAGAGAAGAAUAGAAGGAAGUUGGGUAGUAUAGCUGGGAUUGCAGCUAGUAUCAAGCUCGAGUAUGAGGACUUACAGAUAAAGAUAAACAAUAUUCAUCGCCGGAAUAUCAAGGCAAGCGAGAAUGAGAUUGGGAGCGGGGAAGAAGAUGAAGAGAGAGACAUCAGAGAGGAGGAGGAUGAUGAUGAUGAUGCGGAUUACUGUGAUGAGGAAUACGAAGAGGAGGUCUAA